AUGGCGUUCUCGUUGAUAUUGUCGGCCCCGUUUCUUGGAGCAGCGACGGUGCUCUUUUUGACCUACAUUAUAUGUCUCGCUGUCUAUCGCUUGUAUCUAUCCCCGCUUGCUAAGUUCCCGGGUCCUAAGCUAGCGGCCUUUUCAAACUGGUAUGAGUUCUACCAUGACGUUGUUCGCCCGGGCAAGUUCGCGACUCAUAUUCAGUCGCUCCACAAACAAUACGGACCAAUUAUCCGUAUCACGCCAACGGAACUCCACAUUGAUGACCCGUCGUACUUUGACACGCUAUACACCCGGUCUGGGCGACGCGACAAGUACGACUACGUCGCGGGCCGCUUCGGUUUCUCGACUGACAGCUUCUCAACGUCGCCGCAUGAAUUGCAUCGAAUCCGUCGCAAAGCCCUGAGCCCCUUCUUCGCCGCGGCCAAGAUUUCUGACUUUGAAUCUGUCAUUCAGGCCAAAGUGAACAACCUUUGCGAUAAGCUUGCAGCUUCUGCUGAUGGCCAGGUCGUAAAAUUAGAUCGCGCUUUCGUCGCUUUGACAACAGAUGUCAUUACUCAAUAUGCAUUUGGAAGGUCUUAUAACCAUCUCGAGUCCCCUGGCUUUGAGGAGACUUUGUACGAAGCUUUUCGUACUAUCCAUAGCGCAGGUUCCGUUGGUCAGCACUUCCCGUUCAUCUUCAAAAUCCUAAACGCGCUUCCAAUCUGGUUUGUCAAAGCGACACAGCCAGAUAUCAUGCCUUUGGUUACCCUUCGACAGAGCAUGAGGGCCCAGAUAGGAGAAAUCCGUCAAAAAGCCAACGAGAAAAACACGGAGGCUGAUCAUGCAAACAUUUUCUUCGAGGUCAUCAACAGUGACCUCCCAGAAUCGGAAAAGUCAGACACUCGGCUUGGGGACGAGGCGCAGCUGAUGAUCGCAGCCGGUCUAAUUACCACCUCGUGGGCUCUUGCUGUGGCUACGUUUCAUUUCGCAACUAAGCCGGCCAUUUCUGCACGGCUUCGUAAAGAACUUGAUGCAGCAGGUAGCCCCACUAAGUGGCACGAAUUGGAAAGGUUGCCUUAUCUUAAUGCUUGUGUGCUUGAAUCCGUUCGCCUCUCUCACGGCGUUGUUUCGCGUGACCCACGACUGGCACCGGAUGCGGAACUGACAUACGGGGAAUGGACAAUUCCGAUAAACACGCCCGUGUCCAUGACUACCCUCGACGUGCUAAUGAACGAGGAAGUAUUUCCUGAACCCGAGUCUUUCAUCCCAGAACGGUGGAUUGAGAAGCCGGAGCUCCAGAGAUAUUUUGUGGCGUUCGGGAAGGGAUCUCGACAGUGCCUGGGUAUCAACUUGGCACUGGCUGAACUUCACAUCACAAUUGCAACAGUUUUUGAGCGGUUCGAUUUUGAACUUUUUGAGACUGAAGAGUCGGAUGUACAAAUGGCCCAUGCGUGGCUUGCUCCUUACCCUAGAUUGGAUUCAAAGGGAGUCAGAGUUAAAGUGACGGAGCACGGCCUCAACAAAUAA